AUGGGUUUUAUCUAUACCACCGCUGCCCGCACGCAAGCCGAAGACAACAUAUCCCCGAAGCACCUAGUUUUGAGCGACCGUGACAGGACCAUCAUCGAGGUGGUCAACUACGUGUUUCUGUGCGGCAUCAUCUCGCUGUUCGGCAUUGUGUCGAACGUCAUCAACAUCGUCAUCUUCUUCAAGCAGGGCCUCCGGACCACCAUGAACAUCAGCUUCUUCGGGCUCGCCAUCUCGGAUCUCUGCAGUCUCGUAAGCUUGGCGUUGUUCUCCUUCUUCCUGAACCCACUCGUGGAGAACUCCGACCUGCCGAUCAUAUCGCGAGAGUUCGAGUACCUGGUCGCCGGCUGGCCCUAUGUCUGCUUCACCCGGACCACGUGUCUCAUCACGGCCUUCGUGACGGCGGAGCGAUGUCUGUGCAUCACGUGCCCGCUCAAGGUCAAACAGAUCAUCACGCCGAGACGGGCCGGCGCCGCCGUGUGCGCCACUUACGUCAUCAUGAUGCUGUCCGUCGUCCCCGAGUACGCCACGAUGUACAUGGACUGGAAGUUUUACCCGCCGAGGAACACCACUCGGCUCGGCCUCGUCUUCACCAGCAACAGAAAGAGCGUGGAGGGCCUCGUGUUUAUUAUCAACGCAAGCCUCGGCGCUCUGUCCUACCUCCUCGUCGUCGUCUUCACCGCCAUCUUGAUCUGGAAGCUCAAACACAAUUCAAAAUGGCGGAAAACGACGAGCGUAGACCGGAUGGACUGGACGCUGAGCCGGGACCGGAAGGCGGUCAGCAUGGUUCUCCUCAUAGCGAGCAUAUUAAUCGUCUGCUCCGCCCCGAGUAUCGUCCUUUCGAUCGUGGCGUACUUCCAGCCAGAGUUCAGCGUCCUCGGUUUCCAUAGCAACGUUUUCUUCGCAAUGUGGUCGUUCGCGUUCUUCUUCGGCUCCAUCAACGCGACGGUCAACAUCUUCCUGUACUACAGGAUGAGCUCGAAGUACAGGAAGAGUUUCCUGGAACUGUUCUCCCGC